AACAACAUUGAAGAAGCAGCAACAAUGGAAGAAGAAAAAGAAGAAGCAUUUCCUAAUGAAGAUGAACUCGAAGUUUCUUCUGCUCUUCUCCUUCUCUCUACUACAAAUAUGAAGAGCAUAUCGAAGAUAUCAGAGGCAGCUGCAUUGAGUUAUACGAUAAUGAAGAGUAUACCUGAGAUUUCACAGGCAGCUGCAUUGAGUUAUACGGCGUCGAUUUCAGAUUCGAAGUCGAAGUCGAAAUCGAGUGCUUCUAAUUCAACUGUAACUGCUAAUGAUGAUGUUGAUGAAUAUGAUGAUGAUGAUGAUGAUGAUGAUGAAGUGUCGUCUGCUGAGGCUAAAGCACAUGCUCGUCGCGUGAAGAUGAUUCGUAUGUUUCGUAUCAUCAAUAAGCUUAAGGCGGUGCGAAGAAGACGGUCUAAGAGCUCAUGCAUCUCCGACUGCCUGAAAAUCAGCUCCGGCAAGCCGGAAACUGCCACGUCAGCAUCAGCGUCGUCGUGUGUGUCAAUUGUUGACUCUGCUGCCUCCGGCGACAUCUCAAGCCGUGAGACAGAGAGUGUUUGGAGGAAGAUGAAGGCGAUUGGCUCGGCGGCUCACAUGCGGCGGAGAGCUGAAGCGAUAUUGAAGGUGCUGACGUGUCAUGGUUGUGCUUCUGAAGUUAGGAUUCGUCAGUUGCUUGGUGAUAGCCCUGAUACCAGCAAAGCCUUAAGAAUAUUAUUGAGACUAGAUGAAGUGAAGAGGACAGGGGCAGGAGGUCGUACAGAUCCUUAUGUUUAUGUGAUAAGUUGAGAAGGUAGACAGCUCAAAAAUAGAGGUGAAUCAAGUUUUUAAUUCCACAAGAUAGAUAAAAUUUGGCCCGAGAGGGGCUGCAUAUAUGCAUAGGAAAAACACAUAUAAUAACACUAAAUAUUACUCCAGUGGUAUAUAAAUGAGGCCAAAGUAUUGUUCCAAAGCUUAUUGUACAAGACAAUGCA